AUGGCAAAAACAAAUGAACCAUUAAUGAUAAAGGCCAAUAGAAAUAGUGAUCCAUCCAAUGACAUAAAUGUUUUAUUAUUGGGUCAAACAGGUGUUGGAAUAUCAACAUUUAUCAACGCUUUAGCCAAUUAUUUAUGUAAUGAUACAUUAGAAGAAGCUUGUAAGGAUAAAAUUCAAGCAGUUAUACCAUCAGCAUUUUCAUUUACGGACGGUAAUACACUUGAACAAAAAACAAUUGAAAUUGGACAGAGAAAUGAACAUGAAGAUUGUAAUGAAGAAGGCCGAUCAUGUACACAACGAUGUCGAAGCUUUGUUUUCCCUGUCGGAGAUAAAAACUUAAGAAUAAUCAAUUCACCUGUUAUUGGUGAUACACGUGGUCUUGAACUAGAUACAAAAGCUUUUUCUGACAUUUUAACUUUUAUAUCACAAUAUGAACAUUUAAAUGGAAUUUGUAUUCUACUUAAACCAAAUGAAGAACGUUUAACAAUACUUUUUAGAUUUUGUAUCAAUGAAUUACUAAGACAUUUACAUAAAAGUGCACAUCAAAAUAUUAUUUUUGUAUUUACAAAUGCUCGAGCGACUUUUUUUAAACCUGGUGCAACAUCAAAAAUUCUUCGAGUACUGUUAGAUCAACAUAAAAAAGAUCAUGAUGUUGAUGUACCAUUUUCACGAGAUAAUACUUUCCUAUUAGAUAAUGAAUCAUUUAGAUAUUUAGCAUUGAGAAAAAAUGGUGUUCGAUUAAAUAAUGAUCAAUUAUUAAGCUAUCAAAAAAGUUGGGAUCAUACUAUUAAGGAAUAUUCAAAUCUCAUUAAUUGUAUUGUGACACGUCCUCUUUUUGCUGUUAGUAAUGCAUUUUCACUUAAUGAAGCUGAACAAUUGGUUAGAAAGUUAACACGUCCAAUUGCUGAAAUAGCAAAACUUAUUCAAGAAAAUAUUCAACUUGCUAAACAACAUAAAGAAAAUGUCCUUAAAAAUCCGCAAUUAGCUAAUCAAGGUUUACCACAAAAUGAAGCUAAAAUUAUUCCAUUAGCUCAUCCAAGAACUGUUUGUAUUAAUGAAAAAUGUUGUAAAUCUAUAACUGUUAAUAAUCAAACAAAAAUUGAAUACAUAUCAAAAUGUCAUGAAGAAUGUUAUUUGAAAGGUGUUGUACAAGAGACUAUUAAUGAUCGAAGAAUGCAAGAAUGUGAAGCAAUGAAUUAUAAAACAGGUAAAUGUUUAAAAUGUAAUUGUUUAUGGAGUGAACAUCAACAUAUAACAUAUGAAUAUGAAACUAAUAUUGCUCGUCUGAAUGGAUCAUGUUCAUUAGCUGAUAUCGAUAAAAGAAUAAGUGAUUUAAGAGAUGAACAGACAAAAAUAGAAGAUAUUUAUAAAAAACUUGCAAAAUUUCUUCAUGCAAAUUCAAUGCUUCCAUUAAAUGAUGAUAUAUUAGAAUAUUUGAGACUUUUUAUAAGAGAAGAACAAAUGAAAAAAAACUCUGGUAGCCAAAACAAUGAUGUUAUUCAAGGUCUUAAAGAAAUGAUGAAAAGUUAUGAACAAGAAAUGGAGUUAUUUAAACGAACAAUUGACAGUGAAAAAGAUCGCUCAAGCUCAAAAGAUGUUCUCAAAUCAUAUGAAAUAUUUUCUCUCGUUGGAACUCUUUAUCGUUUACCUAUUAAUGGAUCAAAAAUUCGUGAACAAGUUAAUGGAUUGAAUAUUAAUCAAACGAAACUUAUAUCAAAACAAGAAGUUCUUGUUGAAUUACCAGCUAAAGCUGAUUCAUCAGCAUUGAUGCGUCAAUUCAAAAAUAUAAUGUCGUCGAAUUAA